UCUAUCGGUCAUAAGGACUGUUCUGAUUUCUGGAUCUUCUUCUUCCCGAGAAAGUGGAGAAUCCGGCGGUAAAGCUAUCAAAAUGGACGUUUUGGCUGUAAUUGGAGUUUUGUUGCCAUUUCCAUACUAUUACGUGUUAUGGACACGGCCACAAUUGUGGGUGAACUUGUGCGGAAAAUGGUGCGAGCCUUCCAAAUUGAUGGCUCAGGUAUCGGUUUUCCUCAAGCUGCUUCAGAUCCUCUCCAUCCUCCAUGUCUCCUCCUUCUCGUGGCCGCCGCCUCUCUACUUCUGGCCUCUCAUGGCCUUCGGACAGUUCUUGAACUUCAGGGUCUACCAGUUACUCGGUGAAGCAGGUGUUUACUAUGGAGUACGAUUUGGGAAGAAUAUUCCGUGGGUAACAGAGUUUCCAUUUGGAUAUAUAAAAGAUCCUCAGUACGUGGGAAGCAUUUUGAGCCUUCUUGCUUGUCUUUCUUGGGUACCCUUGCAAUAUAUUCUGCUCUGGACAAUGGGAUACGUCUUUAUGAUGCAAGUUGAAUCCAAGGAAGAUCUCACAACUCGAGCAAAGCCUCAAAGUUAAAUUUGUGAGAGACUAAUCUUGGAACAGCCAAACAUUGGAUCAACACGUGGUCUGUGGAGGCUGCUUCAAGCAUCCGUUAAUAACAUCCCCAAAAUCAAACCUCUUGAAGUUUUGAAUGAAAUCCCGGGUUGAGUUAUAGAUGAUAUCCUCGUCUUUAUGAUUUUGCCAAUACUUUUGUAGAACUACUAGGAAUAAGAAUUUUCCACCGACUUUGUGGAUUCCUCUUCAUUAUGAUGCCAGUUCUUUUGGAAACUUGAAAUCUAGAAAAUUAGUCUACUUUCUUUGUGAUUUA